AUCUCGCUAUAAAGACCGCGUGAGCUUCGCCGGCAUCUCUUUGGUCGUGAGAGAGCUCAGGGUUCCGCUGUGUCACAUUUGUCUUAUUUUUCCCCCCCCACAUCUUCCCCCUCAACAAAAAAGCGCACUCAUCAUCCAUUAUUAUUUCUUUUUUUUUUCCCCCAAAUUUCAGUUUAUCCGAGGCCACUUGCAUGCAUUGUUCGUCUCCGAAAAUGGUUUGCGAGACUAAAAUAGUUGCGGACGACCCCGACGCCAUAGCUGGGAACAAAAAAGAUUCUCUGAUCGUUUCCUCCUCGCAGAUGUGGACGUCGACGUCCGACUCGUUUGAGCGGAAAGACGUGAAGCAGCGGGAGCAGGUUUUAAUCCGCGACUUUGAGCGCGGCGAUAACGCGGAGGUGCGCCGCAUCUUCACUGAAGGCAUCAUGGAGAGGAUACCCAACACGGCCUUCCGCGGUCUCAAACAGCAGACACACACUCAGUUCAUUUACGCUGUGCUCACAGUAAUGUGCUUUGUUAUGACCAAGUCCUUCAUGCUGACAUGCUGCACACCUUUCAUUCUAAUGGGAGCACGCUAUUACUAUAGCAGAAGAGUCAUCCUCAACUACUUGGACUGCGCACUCCACACAGAUAUGGCUGAUAUAGAGGCCUACUACAUGAAGCCCACAGGUUCUUGCUUCUGGGUAGCAGUGCUGGACGGUCAGGUGGUGGGCAUCGUCGCGGCACAGGGACGAGAAGACGACAACACGGUAGAACUGCGGCGCAUGUCUGUGGACUCUCGGUUCCGUGGGAAGGGCAUCGCCAAGGCGCUGGGACGACGGGUGCUAGAGUUUGCUAUGCUUAACAACUACUCGGCCGUGGUUCUGGGGACGACAGCAGUCAAGAUGGCCGCCCACAAGCUCUACGAAUCAUUGGGUUUUCAAAAGGUGGGCGAGACUGAGAACUACACUCUGCCUGGAAUGAGCCGCUCGCUGAUGGAAAGGCUCUUCUUCCAGAUCCGCUACAGCCGCUACCGGCUACAGCUCCACGAGGAGUGAGAGAGUGAGAGAAUGAACGAAAGCGUGAGCGAACGAGUGGACGUAAGAAAGCGCGGGAGAGUAUGAACACCGACCACAAACCUUAAAUCACCUAAACCCAAUCCACCUCUUAAACCUUAUUAUUAUUAUUUUUUUUUCUAAAUCACAAAUGUUAUUUUUACCACUUUUUCUAUUAAUACCUUAACCUUAAUGUUUUUUCUUUUAACAUUUUACGGUAACCAUUUUUUUAAUCAUUACCGAUGGAACCGCCCACUUCGUGUGUAUAUAUAUAUAUAUAUAUAUAUAUAUAUAUAUAUAUAUAUAUAUAUAUAUAUAUAUAUAUAUAAUACAUAAUACAAAAAGUAACGAUAAAACCCUCAAUGUUAACGAGUAAAACGCCACACAACACAGGUAAUAGGUCGGUCUGUCAGACUCUCUUUUAAAUCUGUCGUAAGGGCUGAUCUGAUAGCUAGCACUGACUUUUCUCAAAGAUUGCAGAAUGAAUAGAGGCGUGUACAGAGGAAAGGAGAGUUAAGAUUCCCUUUCUGACGUCACGCAUCUGUUAAAUGUACACAAAUGCAGGUCUUGUACUACAUAAAAUGGAAAGGCUGGCGACUCUAGCAGUCAAACAAACAAUACAGUUGACUAAAGCACAGCAAGUUUUUCUAUGUCUUAAGAACAAGAAGAGGAAUAAACAGUGAAGUUAGCACCAAGUGAAGUAACUCCUAGUUAACCCUGCACAGUUUAACCUGGAGUUCACUCAAAAGUGGUGAUUUUACUGUAAGGGAGGAGUCCUACUAUAAAUAUACAAUAGUAACUGAUAUUUUGCCUCUAACUCUUCCUGUUUUUUUUUUUUUUUUUCUUUUCUUUUUAAUUACAGGUCAGUCUCUCAAUCUUUCCUUUUUGUGUUGCUGGAACAGAUCAGAUAUUGCACAGAUUGUAUUGCUCUAUAAGAUCUAUAUUGUGUUAUGUCUAAAUAUGACAUGUCUUAAUAUGAUAAAAAACAAAACAAAAAAAACCUACUUAUUUAAACUGGACCGAUUUGGACCUAGAUUAACAAGAUAUUAAUUUGCAGUCAGUGAAAUUUGAUUUGACCUUAACAUUAAAUUAAAAAAAAAAAAAAACACUAAUUCAUUACAAAUUGAUCAUUUUCCAUUGAAACAUGACCAAGUUUAUUAUACAGUGCAAAUUAAUACGAUCGCAGUAUUAUUAAACAUAAUAUGCGUCUAUUAUCUGUGCAUUGGAUGAAGCUUGGUUGGUCGAGACAUAAAUCUGAGCACAAAUUUGAAUUCGACAAGAUGACUGCGUAAAUAUUCGAUAUAUAUAUAAGCCUUUAUAUUUUACAUAUAUUUGGAAUAUGUAAAUGUGAAACAUUUUGAAUACAUAUCUAUGACAGAUAUAACUGAAAAUCUCUCACCAUAUCCAUUCUCCUAUGAAAGUACCAGCAAUGGGAGAGAUACAAGCCACAACGAGCCUCAUUUGUGAAAUAUUCUUGUAUAAAGAUAAUUAAAAAAAAACAAUACCUAAAUGUGAUUAAAACUAAGUAACGUAGCGCAGAAAAAACAAAACAAAAAACAAACCCUUGACCCUCGCCAAUUUUCCUUGACUUGACUUUUACCCAUCCAUGAAACUGACUGCAGCCCUGGGCCAGACCCUCCCCACACCCUAAACCCAACUUCACUCAGCCCCCACCCCAUCUCUGCAUGCGCCACUGAGCCUUGUUGCGCUGCUUCUAUCUCCAUUCGAGCUUGUACGACUCCUUAAAAAAACCCCUGUGAUGUUAUAGUAGCAGCGUGAACCGUCCGGUCGAGUUACUCGAAGAUGCCGGGUUGAUAAAGGAAAAUGUCGUACUUUACUGACUCGCUGCUUCGAUGACAUCACAGCUGCCAAAAGUAGAAUGCAAAAGCAAUGCAAAUUAUGUGGCAUGCCUCUGUACCUGGUUCGUACGUACGGUGCCUGCCCUGGAAAUGAUGUAACUCUGUUUAAAAAAAAAAAAAAAAAAAAAAAAAUAUAUGUAGAACAAGCUUCAUUUUUUUAGCUGAACAUAUAACAAUGUGUGUCUUUGUUAAAAGAAACUACUGUUUUGCAUGAAACAUGAUUGAAUGAAAAAUGUUUAAGAAAACAUGAUCUAUCAAAUUGAUCGUCUUAACAGUGGAGUUCUAUUUUUCUUUUUAUUAUUAUUAUUAUUAUUAUUAUUAUUAUUAUUAUUAUUAUUAUUAUUUGGGUUAAUUUUAUUUGUGUAAACAUUUGAAAUUCUGCUUUGACCUUUUACUACUGGGGUGAUGAAUAUCCGGUUUACUGUAAGAAGCCCAAAAAAAACCCACCCAGCUAAAUGCAGCAUUACAUAUUGUAUUUAAAAAAAAAAAAAAAAAAAAGAGCUUCUCACUGUAAAUUUAGGACAACUCACUUGAUGAAAUGUAGAAAUCUCCCAUCGAUGUGAACGGGAUCCCGGAGCAAUCUGACUCAUUAAAACAGGGCAGUAUACAUACCAAACGUUGAGUGUUUAGCACCAUGUUUUAACCUAGAAAAAAAAGGGGGGGGGGAUUAGAGUAAUGUGGGAUAGACAAAUGGAACGGUUGCUGAAAGCUGUAGAGAAUCCACAUAAAGGAGCUACAUGUGAAAUGAACUUGAGUAAUGAAAACAUCUGCAGGUGCUGAUACAAAGCUAGUAUUCGAUUAGUGUCACAAAAUCUGGCCUUAAUGCAAGUCUGGUGAUUGAACUGCUGGAAAAAGCAGUUAGAAAUAGACCGUUAAUCUCACUCCAACUUGGUUCAACAGUAAUAAUAACCAUGAUAUUUAAAACUUGCAUGUAGCUCCUUUACUAGAUCUUACCAGUAUGUCAUUAUCUCUAUAUAAAAUUCGAACCCAUACUCACCUACACAGACAAUGUAGAUGUUGACCCAAGUGCAUAUUUUGCAGCACACAUGUCACUUUGUCUGAGUUAACAGUGUUUCUUUUAUUUUUUCAAUGUUCAGUAUGUAUCUAAAGGAGAUGUGAAUGUAAAAGGCAAGCUUGUAUAAACUUCUGGACAGAUCCAGGCUAAAUAACACUAAAAUACUGCUUUCCCGAUGGUCUAACUCGUCAGCCGUACGAUGGCACACGUUUAAAAAAAAAAAAAGUCAUAUAGUCCGCUUCAUGUGUAACAUGGUGAGAAAGUCCUUAAAUGUCUUACUGAGCUUUGUACAAGCAAGGAAAGUCUUGCACAUGCAAAAAGGUGAAACUCGAUGUGUAUCGGAUGAGAAUGUACGCGUGCUGCUAAGAUUCCAGGAUUAUGACACAAUGACAGCUGUAAUAGUUAAAGGUUGAGAGGAUAAGAGGAUGGAUGGAUGAAAGUUGAAAGAGUGCUUGGGGAAAUUCCUAGAGGUUGUAAUAAGGAUCACAGACGUUCAUUAUAAAUUGCUCAAAAAGGAAUUCCUAUUAAUUGACUCAACGAAACUUUUUUUUUUUUUUUUUUUACGAGCAACCCCCUCCUCCCCUUUUCUCAGCAUUCAAGUGUGUCUUUUGUACAUAAAUAUCCAGUGUCUCGAAUUGACUGAUUAAUGCAAAGCAUUCAGAAGACCUGUGACCUGCAUGAGAAGAUGGCUGCUACAGGAAUGUUCCACUUUUUUUUAGAGGACGGGGGGGGGGGGGGAUUUACAGUGGAAGAAAGCUUUGAGUGUGCUCUGCUUCCACACUUUGGCUCCCUGGAGGGACUUUUUUGGUACAAGCUAAGGCUGGAUCCCCUUCCUACCUCCCCCUAUUUACUCUUCUGGUUAAAAGCACUCUCUUGAUUGUGGCUGGAGGUGCCAAGAAUGCAGAAGCACUUGUAACAAAAUUGUAUUUUUAUUUUUCUGAAUUUUUGAGAUUCUAUUUACCGCUUCUUUUUUUUCCCUUCUUCUUCUUCUUUUUUUUUUUUUGCGAAUAGCAAGUAUGUACCAUAUGCAAAUGUAAGAUAAAUCAAAAAAAAAUGUAUUCAUGACAAACAUUUUUUCAUAAGGCUGAAUUUUGCCAAAGGUGGUUUUUUGCUUUUUAUUUUGGUUUUUCUGUGUUCUUAACACUUGGAAAUCUUUUGGAGAUCAAGCCCUUGUGCCAUCUAACCGAGCAAUAAAAUGCACAUUGUGAGAAAGUAAAGAGUUAAGGAAUUCAAAAGUCAAAAUGCUGCAUUCAUUUUCUAAGCCCAAAUGCUGUAUCGAUGGUGAGCAUUACCACUGGCAGAUCGAAAGAUUAUGGGGCAUGACUCUAAACUGACUUAUAAUUUGUUUGUUUUUUUUCUCUUUCCUUCUAUUGUGAUUUUUCUUUUUUCCUUUUUUCCUAAAUGUGAAGAUGAAUGAUGAUAAACUAGUGCAUAUGAUGUGUUGUACAGUCUGGCAGCCCCAAAUGGAAAGAUGUGACCACUCAAGCCCACUGUACAGAGUGAUGCUACACUAUAUCCUCUGAAAGCUGUUCCAGGUUCUGAUCUCUGUUUGGUCAGCACCAAAAUCCACAACAAAUUCUCUUUCAGCACUGAAAACUACAGAGAAACGAACUUUCCGCAAACUUCAAUGUUGAACCAGUAGCAAGAUGUUAACCAAACGAUGCACAUCGGAGAAGAAUGAAGAAUUUUCUUAAGAACAAGGAACUUGUGUUUUGUUUUGUUUUGUUUGUUUUUUUUGGAUUCUUUAAGUGUUUUUGUUAAGUGUAAAGUUGUAAAGUGUAAUUUACUGUAAAUAGGGAUAUUUUGUGAUCCUUUUAUAACAGAAAUUAUAUCUUUGGAUGUUUACAACAAUGGAAAAAAAACAAAAAAAAAAAAACAAAAAACAUUGACCUGCAAACUGAGACACAAUUGUAUUCCACAACAAACAGCACACAGUGACGUGAGAACAGCUUUCAGAGUGAUGGACAUCUCCUCAGUACCCAACAUAUUCGGGCCUUUAAUGUUUGCUGUAGCAAACAAAAGAGAAAUUCUAGUAUUUGUAUGAGAUCACUCUUGAAGGGAAAUUUCUAUUUCCUGCGGUUGUACCUGUACUAGUUGGCAGGGAAUGCUAGAAAAUCCUCUUUAUACAUCAGCAAUGGUAACCUGUGGAUUUCUUUCAUUUUGGUCCAGUUCCUGGCUGACUGUCACUAUGGAAACAAGCCCACUUAAAGCACAGCAGAUAAAAUUAUAUGCAACCACUCAAGGGAGCAGGUUACCUGGAACAUGGGGUCGGGGGUUGUGUACUUGGCAAGUGUGUUAAAUAUGCCAACAAGCAGGCCAAGUAAGGGGUAAAAAGGGGGGGAAGGGUAGAAUAGAUGGCUUUAGGGUAUGACCGAUAAUGGCCUUGCUAAAAAAGAAGUGUCUGUGUGGCUGCAGUGAUCACUUGGAUCCUUCAGGGUCUGUCAUUGAAAAGAUGCCUCAGUUCCUUUAGAUGUUCUUUGUUUCUGAUGUGUUCUUCUUUUUUUUCCUUUUUUUUUUCAACUGCUGUAUCUGAUUUUCUUUUGCUUAAGAAAUAGGAGGAUUGUAAAGAUGUAAAGAAAGGAGAUCCUGCAUUACAAAAGAAAUGGCUGUACAUAUUGUAUUAAUUAAAACAAUCAAGCUUGUA